ACAUGCAAAUUGCUUGCCCAGUUUCAUCAGAUCUAUGGUUCCCCACUCCAUUUUCAAAAGUCUGAAUAUUGGUUGUAUGUAUCUCGUUUAAUCACCACGUCAGUGCCAGCUUUAUCCCACAUGCAGUGGUAUUCUAUGUUUCUUUUACAUGUUUCUAAUUGUUAACCAAGUUUUUUGUUUAUCAAUCGGUGCUAUCAGACAAAAUCUAAAAAAAAUUUAGUUGUUUACUACAAGUAUAAAUACCUCAGAACAAAUCCAUAUCUUUGCUCACAAGUCCUAGUCCUUGAUUCCUUACUCCUUUCCCACUUCUUAUUUUUUUUUCAUACUAGUUUGGUGUACUGUUUGGAGAGAGAGAGAGAGAGAGAGAGAGAGAGAUAUGGCAAUUGGACAAGUUAAGGAUGCUGAAAGUAGUGAUGAAAUAAAUGGCCUUGAAGAUUUGGAACAGCCAUUCAUCCAGCAAGAUAAUAUUGUUUCCCCUAAAGAUGAUAAAAAUGUUGAAGGUGGAUCCAUUGGAAUGGUUUUGCUCAGUACAUGUGUUGCUGUUUGUGGCUCUUUUGAAUUUGGAUCAUGUGUGGGCUAUUCAGCACCCACUCAAUCUGCAAUCACAGAAGAUCUUAAUCUUUCUGUAGCUGAGUACUCCAUGUUUGGCUCCAUAUUAACAAUUGGUGCAAUGUUUGGUGCCAUCACAAGUGGUAAAAUUGCAGACUUCACUGGUCGAAAAUGGUCUUGGAAAUUUGAAUCUCAGCUCUUUCCUUCACACUCUACGAGCACUUAUACUUGUGGAAUAACCAUCACGCUAAGGGCAAUGAGGAUGUCAGGUGUUUUCUGCAUUGCAGGAUGGCUUGCUGUAUAUUUCUCUAAGGGAGCUAUUUCACUUGACAUGGGAAGGUUGUUCACAGGAUAUGGAAUUGGAGUUUUUUCUUAUGUGGUGCCAAUAUUUAUUGCUGAAAUUGCUCCAAAGAAUUUGCGUGGAGGGCUCACAACAUUGAAUCAGCUCAUGAUUGUCACUGGAUCAUCAGUUGCAUUCUUAGUAGGAUCAGUCAUAACAUGGAGAGCACUUGCUUUGACUGGGCUUGUUCCAUGCAUAUUUCUUCUUGUGGGUCUAUGUUUUGUUCCGGAGUCUCCCAGAUGGCUGGCAAAGGUUGGCCGUGAGAAAGAAUUUCAAGAUGCGCUACGAAAACUUCGUGGCAAAGAUGCUGAUAUUACUUUUGAAGCUGCUGAAAUUAAAGAUUAUAUUGAAACUCUUAAGACUCUUCCAAAGGCUAAAAUGCUGGAUUUGUUCCAAAGAAGACAUAUUCGCUCCAUGAUUAUUGGAGUAGGAAUAAUGAUAUGUCAACAAUUCACAGGAAUAAAUGGAAUAGGUUUCUAUGCAAGUGAAACCUUUGCAGAAGCUGCAGGGGCUUCUCUGGCCAAAAUUGGAACCAUAGCUUAUGCCUGUAUUCAGGUUCCAAUAACUAUAGUGGGCGCAAUGAUGAUUGACAAAUCUGGAAGAAAGCCACUUAUAAUGAUUUCUGCAACUGGGACAUUUCUAGGCUGCUUUGUAACAGGCACUUCUUUCUUUCUCGAGGGCCACAACUUGUUGCCUGAGUGGGCACCAAUAUUAGCUUUUGUUGGAGUGCUGUUUUUCAUAGCAUUUUUCUCUAUUGGAAUGGGAGCAGUCCCUUGGCUGAUUAUGUCUGAGAUUUUCCCAAUUGAUGUGAAGGGGGCUGCUGGGAGCUUGGUGGUGCUAGUGAACUGGUUGGGUGCUUGGUUAAUUUCCUAUACAUUCAACUUUCUUUUGUCCUGGAGUUCCUCAGGCACUUUUUUCCUCUACUCUGCAUUCUCUUUGAUGGCUGUUCUAUUUGUGGCAAAGGUAGUUCCAGAAACCAAAGGAAAAACACUAGAAGAAAUUCAACAAUGCAUAAACUCCUAGAGAGGGAGAAGGCUACAAAAUAAGAGAAUGAACAAUAGCUGGAGAAGCUCCUUGAUAAUUUGAGUUGAUUGUGGCUCAAGACGUAUUAUCUUUAUUUGGUGCUGAAAAUCCUAGUUCAAACGCGGCAAGAAGAUACUAAACAUUUUAUUAAAAAAUUCUUUGGGCACCAAGUAGAUGAAAUUUAUAGGCAAAAAAAAGAAGGAAAGAUAGAUGUAAUGGAAAUUGUGGGUUGGACAAAAGUCAGUAGAGCCUAUCAAUUGUAAGAAAGAUACAUGAGUAUGCUUCAAUGCUUGUACUCAUGUAAAAGAAAGCAAAGGUUGUUACUAUUUUUAUCCAAUAUAUUUAUGAAGAGAGUUUUCAGUUA